AUGUUUCAAAACCAAUUCCCAAACUUGGUAAGUAAAAGUCAAACUGACAACGAUUAUUUUUAAAAUUGAGUAAAUAUUAAUUUCCAAACGCUGAUACAGUAUACAACAACAAAAAGUACGAUAUGUUUAGUGAACCAUGCUUAAAAGUGUAUUUUUAGGUCUUAAUGCACAUCAUCGACAACGUGCCGUAUAUGGACGACGUUUGCUCUUUUGCCAGAGUAAACAAACAAUUUUACAAAAUUGUAAACUACAAUUUCAAAAAACUAUGCUACCAAAACAUGGUUUAUCGUGUCAAAAAUGAAACUUGGGCAGAAGCUUUUCAAUUGUUAGUUUUUUUACUUUUAGUUUUCAAAAAUUCUUGACCGGCCGAUUUCAAAUUUAAUUAUUUAAAAUUAACUAUUUUUAUAAUAUUAAUUUACACCAAACCUUUUUUAGUAGUACAAAACGAUGCCUUGACCAUUACAAGAGCUACUACGAAACAGAGAAAUGUUGUCUAUUUACCGGCCGGAUUGCUUGGAUCGUUAACGACACGAUUGUAGCCAUCUCUAACAUCGACUUGACAGAUGUAAAACUAAAAGUAAUCAACUUUGGUACUAAUUCUGGCCGCCUUUUGAGCGUGCGACUGGUCAAUCGAGGCAAAACAAUGAUAGUGGUAGCAACCAAUGCCUUUCUACUGUACGACUUUGCUACAGGAAAAAUUGAAAAGAUCGAUGGUGACACUAGAGACACCAACUUGUUGUUAAUCAAGGAUAAUAUUGUCACGGAUUUAUGUACGAAGAAAACAUUUAAACUAGACGUGCACGUCAAACAAAAGAAAGUAUACAACGUCAGUGAAUGUGAUAUCCGACGGUAUUUUGGAGUUGUGAGCAAUGACAACAACUUAAUACUGCUGGAUAACAAUACAACGGAACAGAACGUUAUAUGCAAGGUUGAAACUACGCAAAAUUUAUACAUUAUUGACAAGUUAAACUUUGUGUUGUUAUUAAGUAAGUUUUUAAUCCUUUGUUGCUUACAAUUUUAACGCCGUUAUUUAUAAAAACUCAGUUUUACCUUUAAAUUUAAGCUUUACAAUAUUAGAAAUGUAAUGUUUCAGGCCCUGACCUUAUCAAAAUUUACGACAUCAAAAACAAAAACCUUAUAUUUGAGCACCACGGUGGCGGCAAGUGGCAACUUGUGUCAAACUACGCAUUGUACACACCAACGACAGCCGAGGUAAGUCCUUCAUAGUACAACACGUUUUUGUAACAACAUAUUGUCUUUACAUUGCUUUAAUAUAUUAUGUUUCGAAGUACUAAAAGAUGGUGUAAGUUAUACGUCUAAAAAUAUGUUUUAGUUUAUUGUGUACAAAAAACGAACACUAUCAUGGGAACCACUAAUUCUGGACAAAUAUUACCCUACCAAAAUACCCGAGACGAAAGAUGUUUAUAAGGGCUGGGCUAGAGCAAGCUCAUCGUGGGGAAACUUGAUCGAGUACAUCAAUUGUUGUGUUGAUGACCUUGUGUUUGUAGAUUGGGAGGAAAGUAAGUGCUUCUGAUUUACUCAUUGUUAGAGGGAAAAUGAAGAACAUGGUUAAAGUAGGGAUACAAAGUGGAACGUUAUCUAUAGGAAGCAGAUAUAAUUUUAAAAUUUUAGAAAAUCCAUUUCCACGACCGUUCGUGAACGAUGAUGUCAAAUACUGUGACUUCAGGGACAUAAUCAACUCGAUACAAAAAUUCUUCCAAAAUAAUGAAAGUACUGACGUUGAAGAUAAGAUCAAAGAGUUCUUUCACAUAAAAACCAUGCACCUACAAUCAAGAUGGACAAAGAAACAACAACAAAUGUUAGAAGAAAAGCGAAAUGGAUCGCACAACAAUUCAAUUCAAAAGGUUGUCUGA